UAAACUGUAAACUCUCACAGACUCUCUGAUAUGCUGGAUACUGAGGUCCAUGAGUCAUGAUACUGUUUCCGGUCAUACGAUAUUGUAAGCGACAUCCGGGCAUGAGAGGAUCUAAUAGCCGAUUUCCUUGAAAUACUUCUAAUAUAUUUUAAUCGUCUUUCGCUAUUGAAAUCCGUAUAGUGAUAUUCGGGGGUUCCUUUCCACAAAGCACUACAUACCUGGCUGUUAUUAAAUUUUCUUAUACACCCAUAAGUUCGACCAGCUGAGUUUACUGCAGUGCCCGAAAUGAAGAUUAAUUUUUAAACCCAGUGUGUAGAGACUAGUCGUGUCAGUAACAAGUGAAUAUACAUUGCAUGUAUAAAAAACGACAAAUGUAUAGGUCUUAUCUAUCAGUCGCUAUGAAAUUUGUGCUUUUAUUCUUCCUAUUUAGUGCUGCUACAGGCUCCAGAAUCCUGUUGGAAGAAGGUUCCAAAGACCAGGAAUCUGCCCUUGAUACAGAGGUCACACCUAUCAAAGGAGUCAAAGGCUGGCCGCGGGAGGUAUGUCGUUGUGUUUGUGACGUAGCCAACUCAGUCUGGAAGUUCUCGAAGAAGUGUUACGGCAGAGUCAAACGCCUAUGUUGUAAUCAGUCACCAAGAGUGGGUUGGCAACCAAUGAGACAGGAGGAGGAUAGGAUGGAUUUCAACAUUGGAAAACAGUUGGUGUCUGACAACAAUGAAGAUCACAACGUUUGACCUUCAAUACAACUGUGCCACAUUUGAAGAGAACGAAUAAGAGAUAACCUUGGUUCACAUACAUGAUACAUCUGUGUCUAUCUUUCGUUACCAACAGAAAUUUUGUUUACGAUCUUUGUCUAGAUUUAUUUCAUGAUAAACAAUAAAAACAUUGCCGCAACGUUA